CGAUCUUCCCCUUCUCAUCUCAUCGGUUGGCAUCGACGGACUAGGUGAGCUUUCAUAUCUUUAAGAUAGCCAUCCAUCGCCUUCCUUUACAUGAUGACCAUAUUCUCUUCCCCGUCCUACACGACCAUGCCGAGGAAUAGAGCGUUCGUUCGCAACGAACACGCGUCCUACGGGGCGCACAGUGUACUUGCCAGUGCCAUUUUGUCUGAUUCUUCACCUUCUCCCAUCUUUCAUUUUCGUGAGCUCUCGUACUAAGCAAUCUCUCUUCCAGGUCCCUCCUGGCUAUCGUCACUGCCAGCUGUGCCACCAACCUAUUCUUGUGAGUACAUCAUUCCUUAUCUCAUCAUGACGCGUUCUCGCGCGCCGCUUUUAUGAUGAAACUUUUCCGUACAUUCGCAGUUUCCACUCUAGAGCCCUCCUCGCAAGGGAGUACUCCCCCAAUGCGGAACGUCUACAUUCCCCCGCGCCCCGUGAACCCAAAAACGUGGGCGUGUGUGGGCCGCCCCUCGGGGUGCGCUGGGCGGGAAGCGGGGGCUGGCUCGAUGAGAGGUCUUCGCAGACCUUCCUUUGGAUGUCUGAUCCUUCUCUUCUUUUAUCGACGUCUCACUCAUUGGGCCCUUUGCUGACUGUCUCUUGUCAAGGUGUAUCGCGGUCACGUUUAGAUUAGUUUAUAUGCGAGCCUACUAGCUACAUGUCCAAUGCAAU